AUAUAAAUUAACUUCUUCAAUUUUAUGAAUUUUUAAUCAAAUGAAUAUUAUUUUCGAUAUGAAAGCAAGAAUCCUAAUAGUUUUUUUUGCAAUUAAAAACAUGCAGCGUGAAAGAAAUUACUACUCUCGUUCGUUGAUUCAAUUUUGGUUCAUAAUGUCGUCACCAGAUUGAUAAGUAAUGAUCGUGCGGCUGAAACCGGUGAAACUGCGCACGCGUAGAUUGAUAGUUAGGAACGAAUCGCUUAUUUCUCUUUCUCGCGCUGCUGCGCAGGAGCAUAUCGAGCAUGCGACAUUCUCUCACGCGAUUGACGCGACACUUUGUGGAUCGUAAUAGAUCAGUCGGUAAUUUCCUACUAAUAACCACUUUGAUUUUUUUUCUGGACUACCAACGGAAAAGUGAAUUGCGUCUCGGCUGUAAUCAUUGCAUUUCUCGUGAAUACACUUCAAGAAUUGUCAAUCUCUGUGAAAUUUCUGCGGUUUUAUGUGUUGGAGAUGAUUGAUUUGAAAGUGGUAUUGCGAAUGAAGAUGAUUCAAGGAAAUAGAGAAGAAGAUAACAGAGAAAGUUUACGAGAUAGAAGUCGAAGUCAGAUUGUGAACAGAUGGCAAUUUGUAUUAGAAGGAAAAAAUAAGGAAGGGCUGGAUCAAAGUCCUUGCGGUUGGUAUGUGCAAAAUACCAAGCGUAGUUGCACGCACGGCCCGGAAUGUCAGUGCACGGAAUUUCUCGACGAUUUCCCUCAACUGUUCUCUUGCAUGUCAUGUUUCAGGGGAAACAGAUGUCUGAACGAAAGCGAGCAAGUGGCUAAUUGACUAACGAGCUAUUCUCGUACAACAUUAGCCGUCAUAGUCAGAAAAUAUUGAGAGAUUGAGAGAAGAG